CCCCAUAUAAGGCAUACGCAUAGUGCAGCUUUACAAUAUACCACAACCUUAGUACUAGAAAUGGUCAAUACCAUGGCUCAUCACUUGGUGCUCUGGCUCCUCACAAUUGCCAUGGUUUCAAUAACUGUGGAGGGCACUAUGGCUAAUGUGAAGAGGUGGUGCAUCAGGACCCCUCACCCUGAGUCUUGCACUCAACUCAUGGGCCAAAGCCCCAGCCCAAAGAGCAAGGCCAACCUCCAUCACAUGGUCGUAAAGGCCGCCAUGGACCGGGCCCUCCAAGCCCAAGCUGACAACCUCAAGCAUAGUAAGUCAUGCACAAACAAGCUUGAGCGAGUGGCUUGGUCUGAUUGCUUUGAGCUCUACAAAGCCACCAUUGUUCACCUCAACCGAACCCUACGCUCACCCACUCGCACCGAACUCGACACCCAGACAUGGCUGAGUGCCUCAUUAACCAACCUAGAGACAUGCACCAAUGGGUUCAUAGACCUUGAUGUCCAAGCCCAAAUCCCUGCCAAACUGGCAAAAAAUGUCUCCCAGCUUAUAUGCAACGCCCUAGCCAUAAACAAGCCGCCCUCUUCUAAUGGGCCCAAAACACGGUUAAAUGGCAGAUUUUUGCAUGAUCGAUUCCCAGGAUGGGUAUCGGUCGGUGAUCAGAGGUUCUUACAAGCAAAAACUUUGGCAUCUCAGGCAAACUUGAAAGUCGCAGCAGAUGGGUCGGGGAACUACAAAACCAUUAGAGAAGCUCUAAGAGUGGCCUCAAAUCAGAUAAGUGGAACCCAGAGGUUUAUUAUCCACGUGAAAGCAGGAGUUUAUAAUGAGAAUGUGCAGAUCACCAAUUCUAUGAAGAAUUUGAUGUUUGUUGGAGAUGGGAAAGGAAACACCAUUAUCACAGCGAGUAGAAGCGUUAGGGGUGGUUCCACCACCUUCAGCUCUGCCACAUUUGCCGUAUCCGGGGACCGUUUCAUGGCGAGGGACAUGACUUUCCGUAAUACCGCGGGGCCUGAAAACCACCAAGCUGUGGCCUUAAGGGUGAGUUCCGACUUUGCCGCCUUCUACCGUUGCAGCAUUGAUGGCUACCAAGACACCCUACAUGCCGACACCCUGCGCCAGUUCUACCGAGAAUGCGACAUAUAUGGCACUGUCGACUUCAUAUUUGGGAAUGCCAUAGCUGUGUUCCAAAACUGCAACAUCUUUGUCAGGAGGCCCAUGAGCCAGCAAAAGAACACCAUUACAGCUCAAGGAAGAAGUGACCCAAACCAAAACACUGGUAUAUCAAUCCAUAAUUCUAGGAUUUCAGCGGCCCCUGACUUGAGCCCUGUGCAAGGAUCCUUCGCGACUUAUCUAGGGAGGCCAUGGCAGAAGCACGCUAGGACAAUCUUCUUGAAAUGCUUUCUUGAUGACUUGAUAAAUCCGGCUGGUUGGCUAGAGUGGAGCGAGAAUUUCGCUCUAAGCACAUUGUAUUAUGGAGAAUAUAGGAAUACAGGGCCUGGCUCAAACACCGGAAAGAGAGUGAAGUGGAAUGGUUAUCAUUUUAUAACAAGCCCUUCAGAGGCAUCAAAGUUCUCUGUGGGGAGCUUUCUUGAUGGAGGGUCAUGGAUUCCGGCCACUGGAGUCCCUUUCACGUUGGACCUUUGAUGCUAACCCAGGAAUCGAAACUUUCUUUCAUAUUUUUCGUAUGUGGAUUGGUGGUUGAGUUUUUUUUUACUUCCAUUAAAUUGGGGUCAGAAGUAUGAAUGGAUUUAUUCUUGAAAUGCACUCAGGUUGAUGCAAAUUGGUUUCUCAGAAAUGUGAAUAAAAGAGGUUGAAUCAUGAAUU